AUGAACCCCGUGGCUAUGGCAAUUAAUAUUUUUGUGUUGUCAGUAACCGUAAGCCAGUUCGUAGUGGCACAAGGUUUUAACUUAGAGAGCCGAUCGCAAGAAACCAAGCUGAAUCUGGCUGUACAAAUCGUCUACGACCGAAAAUUCGAAAAUAUUUCGAAGUUCAGAGAAAAUGGAAGAUACCUCGACUACUUUACUACGUUUCUAAACAUCGUAGAGUUGUGGUUCCAAGACAUCGAAAAGCUUGAAAUAAAACUGACGUUGCACGCGGCUACUGAAGGCCCAGAAAAAGAUAUGGAUCAUGAACCAGACGAGGACGAAGUAAGCGAGGAAACCACAACAGACCAGACUUACGAAGAAAGUGUAGAGUCACGCAAUGACGCAAGCGAUGAGGAAGACGAGGAACAAGAGGAGUCUGAAGAAAUUGACAAAACCAUAACACCAUACAAGCCCUGCCGAAAUGGAUCGGUAACAAUGAAAAAGUUUAAAUACCACGUUGCAACUCAGGGGAACGUUUACGAGGGAGCGGACGUCGUCUUUUUUGUGACUGGCCAUUGUGUACACCUGGAAGUUGGCACAAACGAGGAGUGGAAAGGACUUCCUCCAUCCGAGUCACUCUGUACAAACUCCAGUGUGGGUGUUGUCCACGAUGACGGUAAGACGUUCAACGGCGUUAGAAGUGCGGCGUUGCAGCUGGCGCUUAUACUGGGAGCAAGGAAAGAUGAUGAAACGGGCUGUAAGAGUCAAGGUGGCUACUUACUUUCAAAUAUGACCGGUGGGAGCCGCUCUGAACUUUCAAAUUGUAGCAAAGAAGGGAUUUCUGAGUUCUGCAAGAAAAAAAGCGAUGAGAAAUGUCUGAAGGGCCCAGGAACUCCAGCCAUGUACAAUGAUAACCUGCUUGCAGCCCAGUUUUACGCAGCAAAAGGAACCGACGAAUGUCAGGUUUAUUCAUCAGAUUCUAACAGCAUUACAAAAUGCGAGAUAAGCAAUGAGUCAGAUUUAAAACAUCAAUAUCAGGCCACUUGCAAAGUAACGUGUUGCAACGGAACAGAUCAAACAGAACAAGGCUACGUGACAAAUUCAGCUGAUGGAACACAGUGUGAAACAGAAAAGAUAUGUCUAUCUGGGAACUGCAUACGUGAUCCUAGAAGAAAGACACCCAAGAAUUAA